AUGACCAAGAGACCUGACAAGGUCAAGAAGGACAGCCGACUUAAUCUGGCAACGCCUAGGAGGAACUGGAAGCGUUUCGACUCAGUUGUUCAACAUCGGUUCAAGGGAAGAGCUGUGAAUAUAUCUAGGGACCAGGCAAGAGGGACAGUGAGAAGCAGGAAUUACAAUUCAAUAAGCCGAAGUGGAACUGGUCUCGAUGGUAAAGAUUCGGAGGCAUUAAGGUGGAUAGAAUCCAUGAUAAAAAGGGGUCGUUCUAUACUGUCGUCACUAACAGAAGAGGAAAGAGCUUUCCAAGUCGAGAUAGAGGAAGCAAGAAGACGGAAUUCAGUUCAUGAAAGAUUAGUUGAGAAUAUUCUUACUAGGGGUGAUGAGGACACAUCAAGAAAUGGCUACGGGACAGACACUUCUUUUAAGAAUAUUAAUAAUGCACUGUACAAUAGCUUUGUGGAUUCUGAAGAUGUCAAUUUGGACUACUCCAGAGAGGGGGACAUUGCUAGGAAAGCGGUAGGAAGUCCAGAUGCUCCGGCAAUGCCUGUUGAUCCGUCACGCUUGCAAUCAGAACUUUUCGGCGAAGCGUCGGAUUAUGAUGAACAGGAGCAGAGCGCUACCGAUGCGAAUGCUUCGUCGAAUUAUUCGCCACAAGAGAGUGCAAACGAUGUAGUGGAAGUUUUGAGCUCCACAAGCGAGGAAAGUGAGCUUGAUCAAGCGGAUAUAGAGGAGAAUUACAAAAGUGAAGAGGGAUGGGAUGAGGAUGCGUCGGACAGAAUUGACGAACCGGGAGAGAAUUUGAGUGAUGAGGAGCAGGAUAGUAUAACGCAACUUUCUAACCUCGAGAAAGCGGGACAUGAAUCACAGAGGGACGAUGAGGCCAUGCCAUUUAGCGACGAAGGCGACAGAGAGGAAAAGCUUGCUUCCCCAUUGAAUAGAGAAGAAGAAAAUGAGCAGGAUUUUGAAGUUUUAAGUGUUGAGGAAAAUAGCGAUAAUUACAGCAGUGACCUGGAUAAAGACGGUCGUAGUUCGGGUGCGCUACCGCGCGUUGAGCAUACAAAUGAAGAAUUGAGCGAGUCAGAUCUAGCCGAUUCGAAUGAUGAAGCUUCUACAGCUGACGUCUAUGACGCGAAUCUGCUGAGAGGCUCUUCGCCUUCUUCACCAGCUGAUAAUCGAUCACAAAGCUUCUCUCCCGAAGUACGCGGAGAGAGCUCCCAAGGUCAGAAAUCAUCAUCGAUUGAAGCCGACGAUUUCGCUGAGCUGGAUGAUAUAGACAUAUUGGGUAAUCAAGAAUCGAAUCAGCACAUUGAUGUAUCAAGUGCGGUUGACAAUCUCCAUGAUGGAUCCGAUCAUUUCAUGAACAACGAGGAUGAAAAUCAGCACGUUCUGGACGCUUUUGAUUAUAGGAUAAUAGCUCAGGAAGCUAGAAUAAGCGACGCACUGCGUAAUGUAAAACCAUCAGUGGGGCUCAAAGAAGAUGCCUUUAGCAGCCUUGAUGACAAAACAGAUGACAAUGAAGAGGAUGUUGCCAAUGAAACAGACACUGUGCAGAAAGACCAAGCGUGUAAGGAGGACCCAAUGACCGCUGUUAGGGAAGCUGAUUUUUGCAAUGAUCAGGUCGCUGGAUCGAAAAUUGUUGAUACAAAAUUGAAUUCGAAUGAUCAUUCGCCCAGCGUAAUUGAAAUCGAAAUUGAUGAGGAGGCUGUCGAACGGCAAAGGGACGACGAACUCGAUAAUUCAGAGGAUGAUCGCUCUUCGGUCAAUGAAACAACCAUAUACCAUUCUUUCAAUGGCACUCCCGAUGAAGCGCCACUAUCGCGGCAUCCCUCGCAGAACGUUCAACAAGAGAAUAUCAGAUAUCAGAUUGUUUUCGCAGAAUCUGCGUACAGUACGACUUCAUAUGAAGACAACAGCAACAUUGUGGAGCCAUUGACGGACUACGUCUCGCCUUUGGCUGAGAAUCCUUUUUCAAUGAAACAAGACGAAGACGCUUACAAAAUACUGGAGAAAACUCUAGCUUCAUUAAGCAAGAAAACAGAAGACCAGAAUGGCGAUGAUCCUUCAAGAUAUCUUGGAACAAGCGAUAGGAAAACUCCUGUCCUUGACACAGUAAUCCUCAGUGCUAGAUCUGAAGAGAAUGUUGGCGUCGAUCAGAAAACAGUUCAAUCUGAUAUUUUUUCCAACAAUUCAGACCAUUUAAAUCGAUCAAAUGAAGAAGAAGUCUCAGACUAUGUGACAGCUGUACUCGAGGCGUCGAGAAAAAUAGAAAGUAGUUCUGAAUGUGAAACCUCUGCUGUGGCUGUUGAAGAAAUAAAAUCCGAUAUUGUGAUGACAUCGCUUCCUGCAAUCCAGACUAGACCUUUAAUCGAGGUGGCCGAGUCUAUGCCGGAAACUUUGGCGCAGCAGGCCUUUGAUGGGGAAGUGCGGACUGCCAUGACUAUUGUUCCAGAGUCCGUCGGAGACACUGAUUCCUCUGAAGAUAGUCUAUCGAGUGUAGUUCAAACGAGACCUAUCAUCGAGAUUCCGUUCUUCGAUAGAAAUGAGGCCAAUAGUCUUAGUGGCAUCAAUUUCGCUGAGCAGCUUCCUUCUGUGCGCACAAGCCCACCAGGAACGCAAGAAGACGACUCAAAGCCUUCCGAGAGCGUCAGCGCUGCUUUCAUUCCCUGUGAGACAGAAAUUCCAGAUGAUCAAGAAGGUACCGUUGAAUCCGAGGCUUCUCCACCUGCCGCUUCAGCUAUGGACUCCGACCAAAACCCUCAUGAAGCUCCUAUCAAGCCUGAUUGCACCGGCAAACUCCCUGUACAAUUAGCUGCCCUAUCAUUGCCGAGAAGACUUCUAUCUUCGCCUCUACGGGCAAUAUCGUCGCUUGUUAGCGGAAUCAAGGAGGUCGGAAAUGUUGCAAGCGAUUUUGUUAAGACUCUUGACGUACUUGAUCGUGAGGAUUCCGAAAGCGAACCAGACUGCGGCGUGGACAGCGCAAGGUCUUUUGACGAUGACCAGAAAUACACUGGAAUGAGCGAAAAUAAGACUGUCCCUGACCUCACUGAAAAGAAGCUUCAGAGAAGCGAAAGUUUACAAUACCCUGAGAGCCACGAAGCAAAUAAGACAUCCAAUGUCGACGACUCUGCAAGUGAUGAAAAAGACAUUUACUUUGCUUGUUCUACCGAAAAGGAAAAUGCCACAGGUGAAGAGACAGUUAUUCAUAAUGUAAUUGAUGAUGUCGAGAGCCUUCAAGUCACUGAACAUAAUUAUGAAGACAAAGAUUCCAUGGGAGAAAACCAGCGUCCAGCUGAUCCUCGAGAGGGUAUCCAGUUUCGUGGGCCAUGCACUGCUAUUGAGAGAUCAGUUACUAUCGAAAAAACGGAUAAUGAGCAAAACGAGCAGGAGCGGGAAGAAGAUGAUCGCGGACAUAUUGAUUUAACUGAGAAGGAAGAUAUCAGGAAUCCCGAGGAACCAACCAGCCCAUCAAACCAUGACGCCGAUGAAAGCGUUGGCCCUUCGCCAGCAACCGCUCAUGAAACAAUCUCUCAUAUCCGCACAUUGCAGCAGCUGGCCGACAACGUCAAGCAUGUGUUUUCGACGCAGCAAGAUAAAACUGAAGAUAGUGACCUGCAAAGUGGAGAGACCACUACUGUUGACAAGGUAGUCAAUGUCGAGGUUGAUCGAGAGAUCGAAAUAUAUUUAGAAAAGCCUUCCCAGGACCAAGGUUCCUUGGAAUUCAAUGUUAUCCCACAUAAUGACACAUACCCAGCUGAGUCCACGAUGAUAGGUAGUACCUUCGCGUCUUUGCAAAAAGACUGUCAGUUGACAGGCCCAAAUCGCCAAGAAAUAGAACAGGAUCAGGCGCCACCUCGUUUGCUGCAUGAUCAUUCCACAGAUAAACUGCCCUCUUACCUUCCUUCUGACCCGCCAUCUGAAUCGGAAAUUGAGAAUGCUGUCGAACCAGCUGAAUUGAUGGAAGAUGCUACAAGUGCUAAGCAAAGUAAUGACCAGCCGCGGAGCAGGUCGGCAUCCAUUGAGAGUGACAAUUCGGCCGACUGCUAUAUCGCUGACCAAUCUGCGGGCGAGGACGUAAAAAGUAUACCAGUUGAAAGUGCUGACGGCUGCUCUGAUGUACGGGUACCUGUUCUUUUAGAAGCAACGCCACCUCUGGGGCUUGAAGAUACUCAAAACAAGGAGGAGGAAACCGGAAGUUCAGUUGGCGAGUCAGCAAACGCAGAGCCAGGCGAGAAGAUGCAAAGUUCAACCGCGAAGCAAACAAUCCUCGCAGCUAAGCGCAAAAGGCCUCAUGACGAUGCCAUCGAUAUUGGUCGUCAUCGUAAAAAGAAUAAGCGGCAGCUCAAAAGCAAGCGCAAGAGUAAGAAGAAGGGACGAAUCCCAUCUAGGAAACGCUGA